UUUUAUAUUUAUUUAAAAUUUGUUAGUAGUAGUUAGAGUAUACGUCAUAAUGAUCAUAUUUAAAAUUUUAAUAUUUAUUAAAAUAUUAUUUGUUAACAUAAAAUGUGCAAUUUCCUUAGACCCUUUGGAAUUACAUUGCAAUUUCUCUGAACAUUUGUUUAAUUAUUUCAAAUAUAGUGAGAAAUAUUUGUUUAACAUCGAAAAUAACAUUUCUGAAUUUGAAUUAAAAAAUUAUGGAACAGCAUUACAAUCUCAUGGCGAAAUUGUUAUGAUAAUGUUAGAUUCAUUACGAGAAAUGGACGAUAAAUAUAUCGCAGAGGAUAUAAUGACCGUAAAUUUAUAUUUGAAUAACGUUUCGGGAUCUAUAAAUAUGAUUGGAAAUGACGAAAAUGGCGAAUUUAAUAGAACUGAAAACUCACAAAAUUUACUUAAAGGCUAUAAAAUUCUACAUCGUUCAAUUGUAGAAAGAUUGGAAUAUUCUAUAAAUGAAAGGUGUUUAAAUGUAUCAGGUAGAAACUAUUUCAUAUCUUUAACUAAUUUUCAAGAGCCAAUAAAACACAGCCUAGAAGUCUUACGUAAUGAAAUCGAAAAACUAAACAAUAAAAUAAUUCAAAUUAUGAAGGAAUAUUUGACUGUAAAAGAAAUGUUUGUAAUGAAUAAUACUGAAAUAUUAAAAAAUUAUUGUGACAUAAUAAAACACUUAGCAUUAGCUUUUGAAAGAAAAACAUACAAUAUUUUCAAUCCUAAGAAUAUUUUGUUUUACGAUUUGAUGGAAAGUCGGCCUUGUUUUAUGGAGCUAGAUCUUGCAUCAGGUUCUCAAGCAAAACGAUAUGCUAAAUAUAACAGUGAUAAAGAGCUAUAUGAUGUUUUAGAUAUGGUUCGAUAUGCCCCGUUGAAAAUAAAGAACAAUAAUAAUUAUCAAAUAACGUUAUUCGAUGUGUUUCGUUUCAUCAAGUUUAAUUUUGACGUUAAAUAUGUAAAAGCAUUUCAAAAUGUAGUAAAUGCAGCAAUAUUUCGUCCAAUUAUAGCGAUUCUACGUUUUUAUAUUUCAUUAGUUCAUAAGUUCAUUAUUCAUCUCAAAUUUAAAAAUGAGGAAUUAAAAUACGUAAUGAAAUAUAAAAUCAUUGAAAUGGGCCAACAUAUUGUUGAAAAUAUGAAAUCCUUUAUGGAUUUGAAUUUAUUUAAUAAAAUAUAUACAAAUAAAAUGUAUCAUGCAUUUAAUAUAAUUUUCAAUCUUAUUUCAUCCUUCAAAGAUCACAAUAAUUUGUUUAUAAAUAAAAAAGUUCAAUCAAUUUCUAAAUUUUUCUGUGAAUUUUUGAGAAGCCAUUUUUUAUGUUGGACAAAGUGUCAUUUAGAGAUAAAAAAUAUCAAAGAAGACAAUAUUAGAAGCAUUUAUGAUUUAGCUGUUAAGGAAGUAAAUAAAAUUGCUCUAUUAACUUCAGAAUUAAAGAAAUAUCAGUAUAUUUUUGAGGCUGCCAAUAAAUAUAUUCCUUCAGAAUACAUAAAUAACCGUACACUUAAAAUUAUUCUCAAAUUUAAUUUACCAUAUGAACAAUUAGGAAAUCAUGAAGACAUAUAUCGAUCACUUUAUUUUCCUGGUGAUAAUACGAAUGAUAUAAGAAUACAUUGUAGUCCUAUCUCAAGUGAUGAAAAUGAUGAGAUGAAUAAUGAUGAUGAUAAGGAUUUUGAUAUAACAAAUCAGACAUAUUACACUCCUAAAUAUCUAGUUGAUUAUUUACUUUAUAAGUAAUUUAUUUAAUUUAUAUAAAGUUUAAUGCACAUAUAAUACUACAAGAUAAUACCCUCGGCAGGUUUUGAAAUCUUUAAUAACUUCUGAUGCAGUGAAUACUGUGCAUUAUUUUUUUUAAAUAAUUUUCAUACAUUACGUUAAAAACAUGUAUUAAUUAUUUGUUUUUAAUAAAUAAAUAAAUAAGUUAACAAUUUUUAA